AUGAAUGAUCAUUACUUAGAAUUUGAUAAAAAUUACUCUUCAAAUGCCUUUGAAAAUUACUCGUCAAAUGUCUUUGAAAAUUUUUUUUUAUUCUUUAAAGAUGAAACAGAUGAAGAAUUUUAUAAAAAUUUAUUUUCAAGAAAUUAUUUUAAAUCAAUAUUUCAAUCUAAAAAUAUAACCAAUAUUAAUAAUAAUAAUAAUAAUAAAAAUUUUAAUAAUUUUUUUGAAUCAAUAAUUAAAACAAUUUUUGAAACGAAUAAUUUUAUUGCAAUAAAAGUAUUAAAUGAAGAAUAUUAUUAUUUAACUUGUAAAGUAAAGUUUGGAAUUUUAGAUAAUUAUGAAAUUUUAAAUUGGUUAUUGAAAACCUAUGGAAAAACAUAUAUUUUAGAGUAUAUAAAAAACAAUAUUAAUAAUGAUAUUGAAGAACCUUUACAAGUUUUUAUAAAUUCAAUCUCUUCAAAUAUAUAUUUAGCAAACCCAAAAUCAUCAGAGAGUUUAGAAUCAAUAAUUGAUUUAUUUAAAUUAUUAACAGAGGAUUUGAACAUUGAAAUACCAAAUUGCAGUAAGCAAAGGAUUCUUUCAAUUAUUUUACAAAUUUGUCCAAUCAAUAAUAAUUAUGCCAUUAGACUUAUUUUAAAAUUAUUUAAAUUUAUUAGAAUGUUUCGUGAUUCCAAACCAUUUAAUAAACAACUUUCAAUUAUUGAAUCAAUUGAAUUUUCAAAAGAACAGUUGGAUAUGAGACUUUUGGAUUUUAUACAUAAUGAUCAAAAGCAAAAGCAAAUGUUUAAAACAUUAAUUAAAAGUUACUAUGAAAAUGUUUUUUCAAAUGGAUUUAGUUUUUUAUAUUAUUACAUUUAUGAAAGUAUUGAAUUAUUUAAAUCAAGUCAAAUUAUAAAUAAUAAUCAUUCAAUAAAUCCGAAAUAUUAUACAUUCACUUCAUUCGAGUAUGGAGAUAUUGAAUUAUUUAAAUUCACUUUUAAUUCUCUUUCAAUUGAUGAUCGUAAUUAUUUAAUGAAUGGUACACAACAAUUACUUCUUAAUGGUAAAAUAAUAUUUUUUAAAUAUUCCAAUGAUAAAUCAAUGAAUGAAAAAAUGAAAUUUAUUAAUCAAGUAACUAUGGAAAUUAAUAAUUCAAAAAGCAAACGUAGUUUUUUAGAAAAAACUGAUAAAAUUGAAUUUUUAAUUUAUUUAUUUACAUAUUUAAUAAAAAUAAAUGAAAUUGAAUUAUUAAAUGUAAUUAUUAAAGAUUGUAAUUUCAAUCCAUACUCAAAAUCAUUUAAAGUAUCCAAAUCAGAUUAUUUAUACAUUUGUAGAUAUAUUAAAUCAAUAUCAAUGUUAGAUUUUAUUUAUUUCAAUUUUAAAGAUAUGGAUAAUUUAAUUUGGGAUUGUAAAUCUUGGUGUAAUGAUAAUAGAUUCGAUUUGAUUGAACAUUAUUUAAAUUUAAAUUCAAAACAUGUUUCUGGAGUCACCAUGGUCAAUUAUGAUAUAAAAAAUGAAACCAACCUUAAAUUAAAUAAUAAAUUAAAUUCAAUUUCAAUAGAAAUUAAAAACACAAAUGAUAAUAUUGGGUCAAUGAAAUAUUUUAUUGGAAAAUAUAAAAAUCAAAAUUAUAAAUUAUUAUCAUCACUACCAAAAUUUAAAAUUUAUUUUCAUUUUGAUAAAAAUGUUAAUAGUACUAUUUUUGAUAAUAUAAAUAAUUAUAAAUUUAUAAUUGAAAACAGUUUAAACUACAAUUGUCGUCAAUCAUCUAAAAAUGAAAAUCAAGAAGCAAAAGAAGAAGAGGAAGAAUUCUUAGAUCAUGAUCUAUUUGAUGAUAAUAGUGUUGAUAAUGAUAAUUUAGUUACAAACUAUUGUUUUAAAUGGAGUGGAUUUAUUCCAUACCAAUAUGUUGAAUUUAUAAAAUGGAUUUUAGAAAGUCGUCAAAAUGAUUUGAAAUCAGGUCGUUUAAUUAUUUCAAGUCAUCAAUUAAUUUCAUUUAAAUAUUUAAUUUAUUUACAAAGUAAUGGUAUUAAAUAUUUAAAUGAAAUUGAUUCAUUCAUUUCUUCAACAACAUCAAGUUCAGUAGAAAAUUAUUUAUUUUUUUGUGCUUUUAAUCAUUGUGAUUUAAAAACAAUAGAUAAAAUUAUUAAUAAUUUAAAAAAUUCAAAUUUAGAUAUUCUCUCUUCAUUAUUUAAUUACUCAACAAUGUGUGGUCAAAUUAAAGUACUUAAACAUUUAUAUAAAAAUCAUAAAUUUCUUUUUGAAACAUUUUCUUCAAAAAAUUUCUUAAAACAAUAUAAUUUGGAAUAA